AUGUCCAUUUCCCAAAGUCCCAGCGCCAGGGGCACCCCGGGCACUAUUAUUAGCACUAACACUCCUCCCACGCCCCAGGGCAGCUACUGGAGGGCAUAUGGUCCCGACCACCCCCAGGUCUGGGCGGAACCAGGCAAAUUUCUUUGUGACUGCCUAACUCACAACGAGUGGCAGUGGCCCACCGAACAUGCCGAGCUUACAAUCGCACCCUGCGCAUACAGAUGUCCCUUCUGUGACGAGUUCAAUAAGGCCGCAAGAACAAAACUGAUGGCCUCGAACCUCCGCCGCCACAUCACCAAAACGCACAUUGAAGGGUAUCCUGGGCGGUUCGGUACACUUGUCGUCGCGGCUGGAGUGAUAGGGAGUCGGGGAGACAUACCUCGUUCCGCGUAA